AGAGCGCGAUUUAGGAUUUAACCAAGUCUUUGCUGCGGGGCUGGCUCCAGUCUUCAUCAGAGCCCGACGGCCUGAGAGCCUUUCAACAAUGCCACUGUAGUUUUCUCUCCAUGUUGGAGUCAGACUCUCUCGAUUUUUUAAAGUUAAUUGAAUAAUAAUAAAAAAAGAAAAAAAAAAACCCGACAUCGCUUUUUUUUUCUUUCUACCGAAGUAUGACUGGAGUUUUCGACCGGAGGAUCCCGAGUGUGAAACCUACAGACUUCCAGAGCUCCUUUCAACUCUCCACCAUGCACCAUCCGUCUCAGGAAUCUCCUACUUUACCGGAGUCCUCCGCCACGGAUUCUGGCUACUACAGUCCGGCCGGAGGAGUCUCUCACGGCUACUGCUCGCCCAGCUCCACGUCCUACGGGAAGCCUCUGAAUGCCUACCAGUACCAGUACGCGGGUGUAAAUGGAUCCGCUGGAAAUUACUCGACAAAAUCCUACACUGAUUACAGCUCGUACACGACCCCCGCCUACCACCAGUACGCCGGGGCGUACAGCAGAGUGCAAGCCCAGCCGAGUCCACAAGAAAAAGAGAUAAGCGAGCCUGAGGUGAGGAUGGUGAACGGCAAGCCGAAGAAAGUGAGAAAGCCUCGGACUAUCUACUCGAGCUUCCAGCUGGCCGCCCUGCAGAGGCGGUUCCAGAACACACAGUACCUGGCGCUGCCGGAGAGAGCCGAGCUGGCCGCCUCGCUGGGACUCACGCAAACACAGGUCAAGAUUUGGUUCCAGAACAGAAGAUCCAAAAUGAAGAAGAUCAUGAAAAACGGCGAGCUUCCCCCGGAGCACAGCCCCAGCUCCAGCGACCCCAUGGCCUGCAACUCUCCACAGUCCCCGGCUGUCUGGGACACACAGGGCCCCUCCAGGCCGCACAGCCUACAGCCACAAAGCAUCAACACAACGUCCUCUAACUUUUUGGAAAACACGGGGUCGUGGUACACCUCAGCCGCCAGCUCCAUGAACCCCCACCUUCAGACCAACUCCAUACAGCACUCCUUGGCACUUGGAGCAGGGACGUUAUAUUGAAAACCCCUGUUGUUCAUUUCAUUUUUAUUUUUCCUCCUUCUAUGGGACUCGUGUUCACAUUUCAGAGGAAUAUGCAAUGUAUUUGAUGCCAGUCAUAGAAGAAACGUGUAAAAUGUGUAAAUGUGUGCAUGUAAUUUAUUGCAUUUUUGGAAGACUAUUAAACGUUUAAAUGGACAAUAGACCUUUGAAAGCUCCCGCCUCCCUGCAGUCUCUUGUUAUUUUAACCCUCAGUAAUUCAAAAUAGACCCACAGACAUGAACAAUGUGUGUGAGCCUCAGGUGAUCAUUUCACACAAGCUCGUAAAUCACAGCUGCGACAUGUAUUGAGAUGAAUUAUCUGCAUGUAAUUGUUUUUUAUGUGCCAUGAUAGCCACAGUCGAUUUUCCGGUUUAUUUAUACGGCCUACAUUUCUUUAUUAUUAUUAUUAUUGUUAUUAUUAUUUUUAUUAUUAUUUAUAUUGAAAGAUUGUCUCGUUUGUCUGCAAAAUUCUGCAAGCAGUUGUAAUAUUUGCCUUGGAAAUACAUGCAUUUAUGUCAAACAUAUUGACUUCUUGCGUUUUGGUUGAGACCAGUUUAGCAUUUAUUUGGCGUUGGAUGGAAACGUUUUG